CGUAUACCUAGAGUUAUCCGAGGGUACUCGAGGUUCUAAUCAGCAUAGGUGUCUAGCACAAAGAUAAGGAUUUCGAUGCUCUGGAAAGACUACUCAGAUGGAACACUUCCAGCUCGAACUGAACACGUGGAGCAAACACCCGAUAAGCGCCGAAAGUCCUCACCUUUUUGACCUCGAUGAUGAUGUUAUGGAGUCUCUUGAUAAUGAGUACCAACAGUGGUUUCAACGCCCUUGGGCCUACUUUGGUCCUAAGAGCCCUCCAUUGGAGCUCUGGACUAGCAAUGCUAUCAAGAAGACAUCUCUGCAGCUUCAGAAGGUGGCACUUGAUGUGUUUACUGUCCCUGCAACGUUAGAAGAACCAGAGAGGGUGUUUAGCUCUACAAGGUUGAUGAUGAGACCACGUCGAUUACGGCUAUUACAAAAGGUUAUCGCGAUGAGUCAAUGCUUAAGAGACUAGUCAUGGCAAGACUUUGUUACCUUCCAGAUCUUUGAGACAAUGAAGGAGAGGUUACAACACGUAGAGGCUAUGCAGAUUAAUGUCUGAUCCGCUCUCUUGAACCAC